AACAGGUUUUAGUCUAUCGAACGGAACUGAGGACGAUAAACCUCAGUGGUGCAGUGACGCAUCAGUACUUACAAAAUCGACAUUCUUUCGUUUCUUUCACGUCAAGAACAAAAGAAAAUGGCAAAUCUACCAACGCUCUACGAACACUAUACCAGCGGUGGUAUCACACAGGGCCUGUCUGUGGAUCAGCCCUAUUUUACCUUGAACGACAAAAACAUAUCGCUCUACAGCGGUGCCAUGCACUAUUUCCGCGUCCCUCAGGAAUACUGGAGGGACAGGCUCAGGAAGAUGAGGGCAGCGGGACUCAACGCGGUGGAGACUUAUGUUCCCUGGAACUUACACGAACCCCAACCAGGGGUGUACGAUUUUGGCCAAGGUGGAACCGACAUGCAAGACUUCCUUGACAUCGAGAAAUUCCUAAAGACUGCCCAGGAAGAAGACCUCCUAGCCAUAGUACGUCCAGGGCCCUUCAUCUGCGCCGAGUUUGAGUUUGGGGGUUUACCCAGUUACCUACUCCGAGAAAAGGAUAUAAAAUUCCGAACAUCCGACGAGAAAUACAUGAGCCACGUGAGACGCUACUUCAACGUACUCCUGGCACUUCUAGCAUCAUUACAAUUCACCAAAGGAGGACCUAUAAUCGCAUUCCAAAUAGAAAACGAAUACGGGAGUACUGAGACCAAAAGAGCGAAUCCACCUUUCGUACCCGAUUCAGUGUACGUUGAACAACUCCGACAACUGUUUCUGGACAACAAUAUAAAAGAGUUACUGUUCACUUCCGACUCGCCGUACGAUCACGGCAGCGUGGGGAGUUUACCGAGUUUAUUCCAAACUGCAAACUUCAACUCCAAUCCAGAGCAACAGUUCGACAAACUGAAGACUUUGCAGAAGGAUAAACCUUCGAUGAGCAUGGAAUAUUGGUCGGGGUGGUUCAACCAUUGGUCUGAAAAGAAGUACGUAGGUGAUGUAAAACAAUUCAAGGACGUUUACGAAAGGAUAUUAAAGUACCCUGCUUCGGUAAACCUCUACAUGUUCCACGGUGGUACCAGUUUUGGAUUUGUGAACGGAGCUAAUAUAGACUCAGGUGUUUAUACACCUGACAUCACCAGCUACGACUACGAUGCUCCUCUUUCGGAAUUUGGUAACUACACGGAAAAGUACUUCGUGGUUAAGGAAUUGCUAGACAAAUACAACGGUGUUAAAACGAAACUGCCCGACUUGCCUGGUGUAAGAGAACUUUCGACUUAUCCUAGCAUUAAGAUAGAGCAGUACAUAGGAUACAGUCAACUGAUUGAGAAACUGCCACAUAAAAUUGACAACAAAGACUUGAUAACUAUGGAAAACUUAUCGAUUAAUAACAACACGGGUCAGAGCUUUGGUUACAUUGUUUACCGCAAGAACAACAUAAUCAUUAUAAAAGAUUCUUUGUUAAAAAUCCUGGGCUAUGUUCAAGAUUCUGUGAACGUCUAUGUAAACAACAAGUUGAUAACAAAGAACGUGGUAGACCUAAACAGUUUCGGUUACUGGAAAGUUGAAAACAGUACCCUAGACUUGAGUUCCGAGGAAGAUUUGUCCAACGCCACCUUGGAUUUGGUUGUAGGGAACUUAGGUAGGAACAAUUUUGGUUCCUUAGACCAAUUCUAUCAAUUCAAGGGAUUAUCAAAGGGAGUGGUACUAGACGAACAAAAGAUCGAGGACUGGGAAAUAUUUCCAAUGGAAUUUAAAAAGUCCUGGAAUAAAAACUUGUCUGGUUGGGCGCCCAUUGAGGAUAACGUACCAGUAGGUGCAGGACUGUACAAAGCCGUCUUAGUUUUGGAGGAAACAAAUGACACUUUUCUGGAUAUGAGCGGCUGGAAUAAAGGGAUAGUGAUCGUGAACAAUUUCGUGCUGGGAAGAUAUUGGAAAGUCGGACCGCAACAAAGUCUAUACUUACCUGCACCGCUGUUGAAGGUGGGGGAUAACGAAAUAGUAGUAUUUGAAGAGUUUUCACCAAACAAAGAGUUAGUGUUUUCCAAAACGCCCGUUUACGGGAACAAUUUUAUAAAUACGAUAAAGAAAUAGGUGCUGUAAUAAUGAUAUGUUAAUGUUACGAACGUAAUUAAAUAAAUAAUUAACUCAACAAAACAACAAACAAAAUUGUAAGAAAAUGA